CUUCGAUAGACAUUUCUGUCUUGUGAAUUAUAUAACAGAAUAUCUGUGUUUAUUAAAAGAUUGGAUUGUCUAAGCGGAUAUGUUUGGAUAAGAAGACUUUAAAUCAACAAGAGAUAAAUCAAAAUAUUCUGACCGUCCUUGACCUUUAUAAAACGGGCUGGUCACAGUGGCCAGUUGACCUUUGCUCUAGCGGACAUGUCUACUCAACAACAUCCUGGACGUCAGUUUGUGGAAAGUAGAGCAUCUCCAAACAAGCCAAAAGAUUAUCAUAGACAAAAAAGUCUAGAAAUACAAGAUCGUGAAAAACGUGAGUCUUCAGCUAAAACGGCAAGAAGUCUUGACAAAAGUAAAUUAAGUAGCGGUAAACAUACGCCCGAGGCGGUAAUUCCAUCAAUUGACCAACAAAAGAACAGAGACAAUCAGUUGAAAAGGAGGACUGAACAAACAACUGAAAAAGUUAAGCUCAAAUCAUAUGUUGAUGAUAAGAUUCAAACAGGCGUAUCUCCUACUAAACGUGAUUUAAAAGAUAGUUUAGAUACUGGCGUUAAGUCAAAGAAAAGGCCUUUGGUUAAACAAUCAACUCAUGGUAAAUUUGAAUUAAAGGCAGGUGAAAAUGUAACUGAACAAGACAAAUCACCACCUACGAUACAGGUAAAAAAUAACGAACCUAUUUCCAAACCGAAUCAGCCCAAGGAUACUGUGAAAUCACACCGUACUCUUCCGAAUACCCCUUUUUCAAUUUUUCGCCGGAAGGUAUCGGCUGAUGAGCAACCAGAUGAGACUUGCUAUGGAUCUAUGCAAAAUUCAGGACCUAUACUUAGUGUACAGAAUAAAAGUGACCAGCCGCAUGAAGAAAUUGUGACCGCUAAGGGUGAGCACAUUUUGCGAAUCAACGAAAAGUUCGCAAUACCUGAUUUCCGGUCUAAGACUGAUUUAAGCAGACGACAGUUUUUUUCUAGGGCUAAUUCCGACACGUUGUCCGUUCACGAGUUUAUCCCAUUACGUAAUAUAAGAGCAAAGCAAUUCCCGUCGCAUGGUACUCUUAAUACACGGGAAUAUGAGAAGAGGUACAAAGAGAGGAUAAGAUUAAAAGACAAAUCAUUUUCUACGGAAGACAGAUACAGUGACAGGGGAUACAGUGGAAGCAGAAGUGAUUAUCCUGACGGUAAAAAGUCGGUUGCAUUCUGCUCAAUACAUUCUUCUAACAGCAGUUACGAUGGAAAUGAUAAAACCAGCAUUCCUGGCACAGAAAAUGAUUUUCUAAAGCCAUUAUCUAAGGACGUACAAAACAAACAAUUUCUGUCCCCGGAAAGCGUUCCCAUGCUUGAAAAGUCGAAGAGCCUACAACGCCUUGCUAACCAGAGUUCGACUGAAACUAGCGGUCUUGGUGAAACAGUUACAUCAGGCCUGAGCUCCCAAGAGAGUAUUUUAAGUUAUUACAGCGGUGCCAGGACUGGUGUUACGGAACAAGCUUCUGCUCAUCAGGAUCAAGGUAUCGAUUUGCGAGAGGAUACCAGGAAUAUACGCCACGAAGGUAAUGGUACGUUUGGGACACGAAAUAUUGAUUCCGAUAAUAUAAUUAAUCAUACAAAUGAGCUUAAGAAAAGCUAUAGAGAUACGUAUUGUGUUGAAUCUAUCGACAAGAGUGUUGUAAGUAUAUCGGUACUUGAUACAGAGGGGAAACAGAUAGAAAAAAGUCAUGGUGCUAGUGGUAUUACUAGUUCAGAUGGACAAAAGGAGAUAAAAGGUGUAAAAAUGACUACAAAACCUCUUGAUCCUUUAGGUAAGCGUGGCUACAAGCCACCCUUGGAUUUUAGGAGCAAUGAUGUCAAGAAACCGGAUAAUCUGCCGAUGUUUAGUGCGAAUGUGGGACCGGAUUUUGAUUCUUUAUUCACACAGAGCAAGAACCUGAAAGUUCCACCAGCUGCCGUUGGAAUUCAAAUUGAUCAAAUAAACAACGAAUGGAAUAAACACAAACGAAGUUCUUCCAUAAAAAGUCGAUCAUCGCAGGGAUCGUUCAGAUCACGAUCUGGCUCAACUCGAAGAUCAAAACGCUUCCUAACCCAGUGCGAGUCUCAAUGGAUGAAAUGGGGACGGGAGAGGCGCCAGUCUUUCAGACGGCGCAUGGAACAAUUAGAAAAACCACCGGAACCGGAAAUACCACGUGCUUCCACGCCUGUCAAAAAAGCGCGCCAAGAAGGAUUAAUGUUUGUUCACCCGGAUUUAGGUAGUAAAUACAUCUCUGAAGACGAUAUAAAUUACAUAAAAAGACAUAAACAGGAGCGUUUAAAAACGUGUAAACUCAUCGAAAAAUCAAAAACAAAGCUUCAUCACGAAGCACACGAUAUAAAUCGUCUGACUCCAGACGAACUUAUGACUUUGUCCCGCUUCUGGGAACAUCGUGUGUUCGUGCGCACGAGAUACGUGUCAAUUCUGCUCAGUCUGGUGACGACAGUGAUCUAUAUUCUCAGUAUCUGCUCAACACAGUGGGUAACAUACCCAUCACCAGGGGUUAUGGACCACUAUGCUCACGAAGGUCUAUGGUUUAAGUGCCAUCCUGUACAGAAAAAUAACCAUUACACUGAAUCAUGCGAGGACCCUACCGGUAGAAGUUGGCAAAAUGCGGUCAUAGGGCUCAUGAUAUUUUCUGCGGCCUUUGGUUUUGUCGCGGCUAUUCUAGCCAUGUUUGGUGUAUGUACAUCACCAUUACCGAAGAAGAUAUACUACUUCCAUUCAGCCGGAGAAAUAUUUUUUGUUUGUGCAUUGUCUACAACUGUUGCCUUAAUCAUAUACGCAGUAGCAAUAUCCAUGGACGAAAGUAUUCGUUCCCACACCUACGGCAGUGGCUAUGGUCUAGGGUGGGGUGGAACUGCCUUUUUCUUUGCCGCAUCCUUCUGUAUGAGCCUUGAUGAACUUGUGCGUGAGUCUGCACAAAAUAAGUGCUGUAGAUAUUUAUGCUGGAGGUCAAGGUCGAACGAUAGAGACAAUUCACAGAAUGUAUGACGGCGUAGUAAUUGGAUAGCUUUAAAUUUGUGUACGACAUAUACAGAAAUAUUGCGCUGCUUAAGAUGUUACGUUUGAAAACUCAAAUUUCGAAGUCAGGUGACCACAAAAUUUGCUUCUAGCCACUAAAAGUAAAUAAAGUCUACAAACAAACUUGUCGAAUCGUGGAAAGACAGUCGAUUUGUGGAUGAGGACAAAUUCGUUAUAAGAAUUGCUAUGUUGAUUCUCUUAAUUUUGUCAAAUCGAAGUUUUCAUUUUGUGCAGAGAUUGGAAACUGGUCUAAAUUUGUCAAUUUUCUUUUUUUUUCAGUAAACAGACAUCACACAAUGUCACGCUUAACGUAACUGUACAUACAAUUUAGAAAUAUUAUCUGAAUUGAUGAAAGUACGCCUUGCACACGUGGAAAAAUGACGUUUCUGAUAAGAUAUUUAUCAUUGCACUCAAGCUUCUCUUUAUAUACACCUUACAUUACAUACUGUGUUAUAUUGCCAACACUUAACUUUUCUUAGAUAUAAGUUCAAAAUUGUUUUAUGGUGUUAAGGACUUCUGCCCCUAAUGAGCAUGUUUGAAAGUCGCCAUUUUGGAAUUUUUCUCAUAUACUAAGUAACAGUAGAAAAACGCCCUAUCACGUGAUGUUCUAAAAACAGGUACAUUUGUAUGCGAACAUUGUCGAGGCCGGCUAUUACGAUAUUAUCCGACAUAGCCGGUAUUUACCGAUUCUUAAGGGUAUGUAAUUCUAUUGGGUAAAAUACAUUAAAAGCAUUUUUUAUCAAAAAGAAAAUGUCGCAAAGAGCGUUAAAUUCUCAAUAGUGUGUUAAUCAAUUAUGUUGUGUAAGUUUCAAAUAUUUAUAUGUUAUUGCAUUUUACAAAGUUUCUCUUUUGUUAAAAUAGGCACUAUGUUAUAUAAUUUGUUUUAUUAAACAAUGUUAUUCUCUUUUUUGUGCUGACGGAUUUAGAUAUUUAUAUGAUUUUAUUAAUAUACAAAUAUAUAUAGCAUAAUAAUCAUUUUUGUAUACGUUUGUUUUUUUAUUAAAGGUCGGGGUUUGUUAUUCAACAUUAAUGAAAUAAAAUUUGUCUGAUUUAAUGACAUUAAUGCUAACUUUAAAAAUCACUUACCUACUAAGUGGUUGAAAUUAUCUUUUAGAUUUUGAUACAAUGCUCAUAUGAUACAAUGUUUUUACGAGAUAGUUUUAAAUAACAAGUUAGUUCCGAUUAGACAAAUCAAGUGCACCGAAGAAUUAAAAAAGGAAACAAUCUCUUGGGCAAAAUAUAAUUUCAAUCACUAACGCUGAUUAAUCAAUAAUCAAAAUCAUUUUAUUCCAAAAUCAUGAUUAAUUUUCUCAUAUUAAAAAUUCCAUUACAUUUUAUUUUAACAGUAACAUAGUGUAUGUUACUAUUUUUAGAAACAUACAUGUAUAUGUUACUAUAAUUAGUAUCAGUGUGUGUUACUAUAUUUAGUAACAUAUCUGUCUUUUUAUAGCAGUUUAUGAAUUAUUAAUAUCUAUUAAAUAUAAAAAGGUUUCACGGAUUUUGGAUUUCAUUCUACACUAUGAAUGUUAAUAGGCCUAUGUCAAAAAGAUAUAAAUAUGACAUCAAUUUACAGACAGUUGCUACAAAUUAUAUUUCACUUUUUUGCUUUUUUUUUAACUCAUCAUGAAUUUAUUAUUGUAGUCUGAACACUAUUUAUUUGUAAACAAAUUAAUAAGUAGAGUUUUUAAAGACAUCAAAUGUGAAGAAAAUAUACAUUUUUUCUCAUUUGUAUAUAUUUAAGAUAAUUAUUAGAAACAAGAAAAUUAAAACAUUUUUAUAACAUUUAAUAGAGUUUUUUUUCAAAAGCAUGAAUGGCGGCCGUGAACACUCGCCCAUUUUGAAAUGUAUCUGGUUAUAUAACACCGUUAGUAUUGGAUUUAAAACAAGACUCAUUAAAAUAAAAGAUAACUUUAUUAUUAUUUCAUAGAAGAAGAACUUCACUGUACUAUAUAACAUGAUGUUAUCUCUUUUUUGAGUGUGACUAAAAAAAGGAUUGGAGCACCACACUAAAUACCGUAUUCCGGUAUAUACCGGACAAGACGCUUGAAUGAUAAAAUGCUAAAAUCUUGCCUUUUCACCCAACGGAAUGAACUUUAAAAGGUCUAAUUCAUCUUUUCACACCGAUUUAUGUAUGAUAAUGCAUGAAAAAUGUAAAAACCGGCGAAAAAAAACGAUAUUUGUCUAUUUUGUGAUCAUGAUUUUUGCAAGCGUCUAAAGGUACUGCUCCAAUCCUGUAUUGAGUUAAAUCCCUCUUUUUUUUUCACUUACAUGUAUACUUGUGUAACAUUUGGCAUUAUCCAAAGUUGAUUUUCAGUUAUAAAUAUGGUCCCGCUCAAUCCGGUGCUAGAGGGCGUCACAAAUGUUACAUAGUCAUUUGUCAUUCAUAAAGUUUCUCAGUUACACAAAACAUUCGGUUUUAAUUCAGUCUGCGAGAUUUUUUAUGAUAUUAUUUAAUAAUAUAUUGUAAUGAUUAAUUUGUUGUUAUAAUAUUAGUAUGAUCAUAAACUCAAAAUGAUUUUUGAUAUUCAAAAGUUAAUAUUAGUGGUCAAUAUUAUAUGGUUAAUAUAAUAUAUUAUUCUCUUUUUGUUAAGAUUUUGUUAAGUUUUCACUGCAAAGCAAUAAAUUAAAUACAUGUACAAUCUGUUAUUUAUCCUGAAAAGAAACGUUUUUUUUACCUCAACAAAUUACGAAAGUUUUAUGCAUUCAAAAACAAUCUUACUUCAAAAUAUUGUUUCUAGAUAUGAGGUGUGUUUCCAUCUGUCUGUGUGUGCCAGUGAAAGUUAGUUUUCUAUUGUAGGUACAAUGUACUUAUAAAAUAUUAUUCUGACAUUUCCAUUUGUUGUCUGUGAACUAACACAUUAUUAUUAUUAUUAUUAUUAUUAUUAUACCCCCGCACAACAAAGUUGCAAAGGGGUAUACUGGAAUCAUCUUGUCCGUCCGGCCGUCGGGUGUCCGGCCGUCGGUUUUUCCUUGUCCGCCUAAUAAGUUAAGAUUCCUUUGACCCACAGCCUUCAUAUUUGGCAUGGAGGUUAGUCAUGAUUAGUAGAUGAUCUCUAUUGAUUUUGAGGUCACUGGGUUAAAUGUCAAGGUCACAUGGGCCUUGACUGAAAAAAGCUUGUUAGCUCAAUAACUUAAGAUUCCUUUGACCUACAGUCUUCAUAUUUGGCAUGUUAUUCAUGAUUAGUAGAUGACCCAUAUUGAUUUUGAGGUCACUGGGUCAAAGGUCAAGGUCAGACGGGCCUUGAAUAAAAAAAGCUUGUCCUCCAAAUAACUUAAGAUUCAUUUGACCCUCUGUCUUUAUAUUUGGCAUGGAGGUUAGUCAUGAUUAUUAGAUAACCCCUAAUAAUUUUGAGGUCACUGGGUCAAAGGUCAAGGUCACAUGGGCCUUCACAAGAAUCCUUUGACCCACAGUCUUCAUAUUUGGUAUGGAGGAUAGUCAUGAUUAUUAGAUGACCCCUAUAGAUUUUGAGCUCACUGGGUCAAAGGUCAAGGUCACAAGGGCCUUAAGUUCAAAAAGAUUUUCCGCUCAAUUGCUUAAGAAUGAUUUGGUCAACAGUUUUCAUAUUUGGCAUUGAGGUUGGUUAGACUAGUAGAUGACCCCUAUUUAUUUUGAAGUCACUAGGUAAUAGGUCAAGGUCAGAAGGGCCUUGGCUAAAAAAAGCUUGUCCGCCCAAUAACUUAAGAAUUAUUUUACCCACAGUCUUUAUAUGUGGCAUGGAGGUCAGUCAUGACCAUAAGAUAACCCCUAUUAAUUUUAAGGUAACUGGGUCCAAGGAUAAGGUCACAGGGGCCUUGACUAAAAAAGGCUUGUUCACUAAAUUGCUGACGAAUGCUUUUGUCAACAGUCUUCAUAUUUGGUAUUGAGGUUGUUAAUGACUAGUAGAUGACCCUUUUGAUUUUUAGGUGACUGUGUCAAAGGUCAAGGUCACAGGGGCUUUUUUACAAUAAGCUUGUCUGCUCAAAUGCUUAAGAAUGCCUGUCCGCAGUGUAUUGAUUUUCACAUUUUCACAUUUUAAGCAUGUUGAACCUCAGAUUUAGCAGAGAGGUUGUCCUUGGGCUCUAAAUGGCCACUGUUUAUUCUGGCAAAGUGGUAUGCGGGGGUAUUCAGGCCAUGACAGUGGCAGUUAUAGUUAUUAUUAUUAUUAUCAUUAUUACUAUUAAACCAGCUCCAGAAAAUAACCAUAAAGUUUUAGAUGUCAUAUCCCAUAUUUAAAAAAAAAACAAUGUGCUCAAGUUCAAAUAUUUAUAUAUAUAAUUUCGAAACAAAAAUAGUUUAUCAUAUUACAUUUUAGUUUUAAGGUACACAUGUACAUUAUUAUUUUUAUGACAGUUUAUCUUUUUGUGUUUUCCGAAACAAAAUUUCAAAAUGAUUCUUU